AUGUAUUUCCUCCUCCUCGCCGGCCUCGCUGCCGCCGCUCCCUCCUUCCAUCGCCCGUCCAAUGCCUCCGUCACCAACAUCCAGGUCGGGCCUCGUCCCUUCUACCUGGUGGACGACAUGGAUCCCAGUCCCUUGAAGGACGAGCUGCUGGCGUGCAAAGAGAAGCCCAUCCGCCAUGCGCCCACCUUCUCCAUCUCGCAUCGUGGCGGUCCGCUGCAGUUCCCCGAGGAGAGCCACGAGGGCAUGUUGGCGGGGGCUCGCAUGGGCGCUGGCAUCGUCGAGUGCGACGUCGCCUUCACCAAGGAUCGUCAGCUGGUGUGCCGUCACUCGCAGUGCGAUCUGCACACGACCACUAACAUCCUGACCAUCCCCGAGCUGGCCGCCAAAUGCUCCGUACCCUUCCAGCCGGCCAAUGCCACCCACGAGGCCACUGCCAAGUGCUGCACCUCGGACAUCACUCUGGCCGAGUUCAAGACUCUGUGCGCGAAGAUGGACUCGAGCAAUGCCUCGGCCACGACACCGGCCGACUACCAGUACGACGGUCCCGCCUGGCGCACUGCGCUGUACGACACCUGUGCGACUCCGGUCGAGCAUCGCGAGUACAUCCGCUUGAUCGACUCGCUGGGUCUGCAGUUGUCCCCGGAACUCAAGGAACCGCUCGUGCCCAUGCCCUUCCAGGGGAACUACACGCUGGAGAUGUACGCCCAGCAGCUCAUCGACGACUACAAACACCACGGCAUCAACCCGGCGCGCGUCUGGCCGCAGUCGUUCCUGCCCGACGCCAUCUUCUACUGGCUGCAGCACGAACCGGCCUUCGGUCGCCAGGCCAUCUUCCUCGACGAGCGCGUCGACACUGCCCAGGGCUACGCUGACGCGGUGGCCAGCAUGCCGGAAUUGGCCCGGAAAGGGGUGCGAAUCAUGGCGCCCCCUUAUGCUGCCCUGCUGAACGCCACUGACGACGGCGACCUUGUGCCCUCGCUAUAUGCCCGCGCCGCACGUGCUGCCGGUCUCGAUCUGAUUACUUGGUCGUUGGAACGAUCGGGGCCUUUGAAACAGGCUGCUGCCAGGGGGGAUUACUACGUGAAGCCCAUCGCUAGCGCCAUCACCAAGGAUGGCGACAUGUAUCGUAUUGUUGAUGCCCUGGCGCGCAAAGUGGGUGUCAAGGCCAUGUUCUCGGAUUGGCCGGCGACGGUGACAUAUUACGCGAAUUGCGUGGGAUUGGCCUAG